UAGUAGCUGCUCCACGUCUCACUGCUGGCCUUGCUGCCAUACACUGCCGCCGGUGACUCCGAACUGGAAGAUGGCUGCGGUGGAGCGUCCCCCAGUCAAGGAAGGGGUCCGGAUAGCUUUACUCUGUUUCUGUUGGUAUACUGUUAGUUCGGGAGGCAACGUAGUUAACAAAAUUAUUCUAAAUGGGUUCCCUUAUCCUGUCACCGUUUCGCUUUUUCAUAUAUUCUCAAUCGUCGUCUUCCUUCCACCGCUGCUGCGGGCAUGGGGAGUCCCCAAAACAGAAGUACCAACUAGAUACUUCAAAUGGUAUAUUCUCCCUUUAGCUUUUGGAAAAUACUUCGCAUCUGUGUCGGCCCAUUUCAGUAUAUGGAAGGUACCUGUUUCCUACGCACACACUGGUAAGCAUUGCACGAGCUCUGAAUCAGGCUAGCUAGCUCAGAAUCAUUACUUGCCAUUCUAACUAGCUAUAUGGAAUGUUAGCUUGCUAGCAACAACCUCAAUGAGGAAUGAAUUGGUAUAUUGUGCUGGACAAUUUAGACAAGCUUUAAGUGAAUUAGCUUCCUUUGCAUGAGGCUGUUAAUUAUAUUACCCACGUUUCGAUUAACAUAGGAGCUUGCGUCUCCCCUUAGUAAUAUAACUACUGGGUUAUUUGAAUACCUUUUUGUUUGGGGGAGGGCCCCACCUAGCCAGUGGCAGUGGCUAGAAACUUGUAGCUACACUACAUUUUAGUCAUUUAGCAGACGCUCUUAUCCAGAGGGACUUACAGUUAGUGAGUGCAUCAAUGGCAAUGAACAGUAAGGCUGAGUCUCCGUUGAGUUGUGGUUGGUCCAGAUAUCAUUAAGUAAAUGGUUAGACCUGUGAGUUUACCAUCGUUUUUCUGCUCACAGUAGGUUUUAUAUUGUGUUCUUCCUUAUGAUGCCUUCUUGCCUGUCAUGUGAUGUCCAUAGUUACAACUACAGCGUACUUAGCCUAAUACAACUACCUGCUACAGCCUAUAGGGGAAUAUGUGACUGCAGUUUGUCAUCCUUAAAUAAAAGCGUAUAGUAUGAUUAUUCACAAUGAGUAUCUGAAUUAUGCUCUCAUUACUAUGAGAAAGCAGAACUUCAUGGUACCGUGUCAUGAUUUGGAAUUGAGGUCUGAACAGCACUAGCCCAUCGGGCAAGUCAGAAGUAUUUUUUGGUUAACCGAAGAUUAUGGUCACUUGACUGAAAAUGUAAAGUAGUUGUUUACACACGGAAAUGCCAUUGUCUGUCACCUAACUAACUGUGAGGAACCAGAAUGAUCCGUUUAGGGGGCUGAAAUUAUUUGGCGAAAAUUCUACCUACCAAAUUACUGUUUCCUGACUGCACAGUUAACUUGCCCCCGAUAACACUUAAUGUCAAUCCCUAUGUAUUAUGCCCUUUACUUCCUAAUUAGCUAGGUACCUAAUGUAUGAUGUAAGACCUCAUACAGUGUAACUGUAACUCAUUGCUGUCUCACCAGACUAACUGACACGUGAAGUUAUGGUUGAAGCACGGUCAUAAAAAAGGUGUGUGAUGAUGCAAUAUGCAAGUUCCAAGUUUUUUUUGUUUUGUUACCAGGGGCGUGUCUGUGAAGCACAAGGUGUGAGGCACAGUCACAUGGGCCUGAAGUCUUUAAACCACUGUAUCUCAAAAGUCAUGCUCCUUACCUUUCCAAUCAAUACCCGUCCUCAAUUCAAGCACUGAACAGGAUCCAUUUUCCAAUCUGACAUUCUUUGUUUAUUUUCACCCCACAGUCAAAGCCACAAUGCCAAUAUGGGUUGUGUUGUUAUCAAGGAUUAUCAUGAAGGAGAAGCAAACGACGAAAGUGAGUAACUCAGGAAACGUAUUGUGUACAUAAAGCAGCUUUGGAAGAUAUUUUGUCCAAGCAAUGGUGAUGUGGCACAAUGUGAGCCUGUGUGUUGGCGCAUAUUACUGCCAGCCUUGCAGGUGUAUUUACAGGUAGCAGCUUUAAGGCAGGAAAAAGUACCCCUCCUCUUCUUACAUAAUGUUAACACUGCAGGGCCUGUAGUAGUGUUACACAAUAACAAAGCUAUUUAUGUGUCAUAGCCAUUUAGAGGUAGGGUGAAUGUGACAAAUGAGCAAAACAGCUGCAUGUGUAUGGAUGACAAUUGUUUCAACCAUACUUUUUGAGACUCCUCCAUGAUUAGGAAAAUCCUCCUGACUCUGGCCUAGUAACACUUUAUUUGGAUAGUCCAUCUGUAGAUACUCUACAGACUAUCAGUAACAUUUCAACUAACAAUCUACUAACCUAACCCUAACUCAACCCUAACCCUUACCCUUAUUCUAAAAGUAACCUUAACUGUAACCUUAGCAAGCAGUUGCUUAUCAACAGAUCGUUUGUUGAUAGUAUGACCAUCUGUAGAGCCUCUACAGAUGGAAAAUCUGGACUGCCCAAAUAAAGUGUGACCCUUUCUCUUUUGCACUCCUGUCCUGUGGCUGUCUCAGGUGUACCUAUCUCUCAUCCCCAUCAUCGGAGGAGUGCUUCUGGCCACCAUGACAGAAAUGUCCUUUGAUGUAUCUGGGUUAGUCAGUGCCCUGGCCGCCACACUCUGCUUCUCUCUGCAAAACAUCUUCUCCAAAAAGGUACGUCUUACCAGUCUGCACCCUUUGAAAAAUGCUAUUAUUUAUGUGUUGUUAGAUGAUGGAUAAAAGUAUAGCUGGAGAGCACAUUUUGAACUCUGGUGGACUUUUGAAUGAAGUAUGCGUUUGGGUAAUAGUUGUAGAAUAAACUCAAGAUGUUUUAUUUAAUAGAAUACUGUAUUGCCCUUGAAGGAAUGGAUCAUGCACACUGCAAAAGCAUUCCUUGCAAUAUUCAAGUGCAGAUAUAGUAGACAGCACUCAUACUAAACAUGAAAACACUUGAAAGGAAAACUCAAGUGCAAGGCUUAUGAGUGUGAAGCCUUGUGAAUCUUUUCAAUGUAUUUUUUCUUUACAUACUGUAGAUGUGCAGUAUGGGUGUGUCCUGUACUAUGCUGAUGUGGCCUCCCUUCAACCAAUAUUUGAGGAAGACAUAUUUCCCCCAUUAGACAUUACUCUGUUAAAUGUUGUGUUAUGAAAACUGACAUGCGCUAGAAUUAAGAAUGACUUUUGAUAUUACUAACCCUGCAGUUAAAUUAUUGUUUGAAUUUGUAGUGUUAGACUUUAACAACCAUGUCUUGUUAAUUACCAACUGUUAAUUAUCAUGCUGUUGAUGAAGAAACCCAAAGCAUUCAACGAACAAGGAAUUUGUGCCCUCUCAAUUUAUAAUGAUGUGUCUUUGUGUGGCCUUGAGGUAUAUUUUGCUGCCCACUGAUUUCCAAGGUCAACACAACAACAGUUGUUUUCUGCAAUGGUGGGCCUAAGAAAUGACAAAGCUAUGAAUUAAUAUGCAUUGCUUUUUAGGUGCUGCGGGACACGAGGAUCCACCACCUGAGACUUCUCAACAUACUGGGCUUCAAUGCUGUUUUCUUCAUGGUGCCUACGUGGGUUCUGGUGGACCUCUCCUCAUUCUUGGUUGAGGGGGAUUUUGUGAGUUAAAAUAAUAUGUGCUUCAGUUUGGUAAAGUGUAUGCACAGGUUCAUAUACGUUAUGCGUCAAAUAAUGUGAUAUUUUGUUGUCCGGCUUAUGGGCUUAUAUGAUAGUGUUUCAUCUACUGGUAGUGGUGUGUGUGUGUCAUACAUAUUAUAUAUGUACCAUACACAAGUCCACAGGAUGUCAUACAGUGUGUACCAGAGGAGGCUGGUGAGAGGAGCUAUAGGAGGACGGGCUCAUUGUAAUGACUGGAAUGGAAUUAAUGGAACAGAGUCAAACGUGUUUUCCAUAUGUUUGAUAUGGUUCCAUUUAUUCCAUACCAGCCAUUACAAUGAUUCCCUCCUACCAGCUUCCUCUGGUGUGUACCAUAAAACCUUUUUUUACACAGUAUGUACCAUACUUUUAUUAUCCACUUGCUUUUGCCUAAUACUACAUUUACCUCCACACAACAAAAUCUGUAGUAUCCGGUUGCCUUUUAUUCAGUUGUCCCAUUGAGACCACAACCUGGAUCCUAGAAAUUCAUGACUAAACCCAUUGUUCUCUCCAAAUAUCCAAGUAAUCACUCCCUCUCUCUCUCCCCUCUCCCCUCUCCUCUCUCUCCCUCCUCUGCAUAACCCCUCCAGACGGGAAUGUCUGAAUGGACCGGCACCUUCCUCCUCCUCCUGGUCAGCGGCUUCUGUAACUUUGCCCAGAACGUCAUUGCCUUCAGUGUCCUCAACCUGGUCAGCCCGCUGAGCUAUGCUGUGGCCAACGCCACCAAGAGGAUCAUGGUCAUCAGCAUAUCGCUCCUAAUGCUACGCAACCCUGUCAGCUCCACCAACAUCAUGGGCAUGAUGACAGCCAUAGUGGGCGUCUUCCUGUACAACAAGGUGAGUCUCUUUGACAUGCUUACAUUUACGUUUGAGUUAUUUAGCAGACGCACUUAUCCAGUCAUUACAAUCACUGCAUUCAACUAAAAUGGAUAAAACAACCACUUAUCAAAAUUAUUGCAAGUUAAACCUUCAAAAUAGUCACUGUUUGCUAAAUCAGUGCUAGUAAGAAAAAAGAGAAGUGCGAGUGUGAAGGACUCUUGGACUCAGUCCAUCUUUCAAAAACGUCUGAAACCCUACCUCUUUAAAUAGUAUCUUAAAUAAGACAUCUGUAGCGUAGUACAAUAGUAUCUGAAAUGUUCAAACACUUUGGCCACCAACAACUAAUUCAAUUUAGUUCUUGAAAUAGAUGAACAAUUAUAUCAAACUCAGCAUUAAGCAUGCAUGUGCAUAAUAUAGCCCAAAUGGGAGACGUAAAGCCAUUUGACAUUUUAGUCAUUUAGCAAACGUUCUUAUCCAGAGUGACUUACUGUUCUUGCAUUCAUCUUAAGAUGGCAAGGUGAGACAACCACAUAUAAAAAGAAUAACCUUGCACUUGUCUUUUCCUAGUAGCACCGACUUUGCUGAUAACUUCUUUAUUGAGGAAAACUGUGUUUUUGUGGUUGUCUCACCUCGCUAUCUUAAGAUAAAUGCACUAAUAGUAAAUCGCUCUGGAUGAGAGCGUUUGCUAAAUGACUAAAAUGUCAAAUGUGACCGACCGACCGCCUCGAUUCGGUCUUAUGUAGCAAAAUUUGAAAUUGUGUUUUUUACAUUGGAUAAAAGUAGAGACUCAGAGCUAGAAAAUGGUAUAUCAUACACUGCAGUUGAGGAACAAUGGGAAAGUAAUUCUGCUUUCAAAGUUGAUAAACUUGUAAUCCCACUUUUGAGAAAAUGGCUCUUGAAUGUUUUGGUACACCUACUGGAGAGCUCUUCUUUGUCUACACCCAUUCAGCAUCGUUCACACCCUCGUAAGCCUUAGCUCCACCCAUCUCUUUAAGGAUUCACAUGUGAGGCCAUGUGCUAAACACAUGCUAUAUCAAAUAAAAUAUAUGUUUAUUUGUCACAUGCACAGGAUACAGAAGGUGUAAACGGUACACUGAAAUGGUUACCACAUGGCCUCAUGUGAAUCCUUAAAGAGAUGGGUGGGGCUAAGGCCAGAUAAAAAUAUUUUAUAAGCAUUUUAUAAUUAUUAGAUGAUGCUUACCCGACACACUUGUCUAAAUUGAUGGGUCGUGAAGGAAACGCAAUAACCAUCCCCCCCAGCCACAUCUAGCUAAGUGGAUGGGUCACUAUUGUCUAGACAUGUACACAUGUUCAUGAAAUACAAUAGAUGGCCAUAAUCACCCCCAGAACCACCUGGCUAAUUUGAUGGGUCAUGCAAUAAUCAGGCCGAAGUGGAGUCUAUUGUUUAGACAUGUAGCUAGCUAAAACAACGAACCGGCAUAAUCCUAACUCGUACUACUACCAAUACAAACAUUGUCAUAGCUGUAGUAUGAAUCUGAAGGUAGCUUAAGCUAACAAACUAGGUUCAAUGUUAGCUAGCUAACAUUAGGCUAUAACUAGCAAUGCAAAUGGAUUUCUGAUUUGAAUAAUGUUACUACACAGAUCAUACACAUAAUGUUAGCUAGCGAGCCAGCAAGCUAAUGUUCGCUAGCUAACUAACAGUAUGCUUUAACAUGCAAUAACAACGACUUUCUGACAAAAUUAGAAACGUUUAUAUCUGAAAAUGUAGUUAGACUCUUACCUGUAUACAUGGAUGAACGCUUCACGGCAGACUGGAACCAUUUAACUCUCUUGUUUGUAGCUACAUCUUGUUUGGCCAGUGUUGUCAAGUCACUCCGGUUCACACUGACCGUGGCGUGUGCAGAAGGUAGCCCAUCACUUUUUCCAACUGAUCUGUCGAUAGCUCUUGCUAAAUUCAGCGCAUCAGUGUUGUUGAGAAAAGUAGCAAAACUUUUGUAGUUCUCGAUGGCUAAUGUUAAAUCUUUCAAAAACGGUGUGGUAGAAAGGACUAUCAACACAUACUGAACAGCUCACGUUACACACAGAAGCAUGCUACAUGGCAGACCAAUCCAAACUCAUCUCCCGGCAUGUCCAGCCCAUCCAUUAUCAUGGCUAGUGGGAAGGUUCCUGUCUUUUUCCGUGGCUAAACCAACUAGGUUUGUAAUUUAACAAUUUUAUUUGUAUUUGCGUAUAACGUAUUUUGAUAGAAAAAUAAAUAUUCACGUUCAAAUGCCUCUCCUGUGAAGUACUGACUUGCGACAUACGCCUAGUUUCCUGAAAAGAGUCACACAUGGCUUUACAUCUCCCAUUUGGGCUAUAUUAUGCACCUGCAUGCUUAAUGCUGAGUUUGAUUUAAUUGUUCAUCUAUUUCAUGAACUAAGUUGAAUUAGUUGUUGGUGGCCAACGUUUUGGAAAAUGUCAGAUUCUAUUGUAUUACGCGGCGUCUGUAUAGCUACAUGUAUGUAAAAAAAUAUAUAUAUAUGUCAUCCCGAACCAGGUUUCCAUCCAACCAUUUCAUGUGGAUGAAUUACCUGACGCAUAAAAUAAAUUAACCACCGGGCUGAUGGAAACAGGAAAUGUCGAUACAAUUUCAUAAAUGUCAAUAGACUAUUUUUUCAUUAGACAUGGUGGAAUCUUUUUACGUCGGUCAACUUAAUUAUGCGACAGAUGGCGGUGAAAAUGCCUUUAUGUGCAAAUAUCAUAUCGAAGUAAACUUGGACUCAUGCAAUGAUAUGUUGUGUGGUCCUCCCACAAUGUCUCAGGAAAGCAUGCCGUUUAUUGGGCCCUAUAAAAUCAGUUUUAGUUUUUGUCUGAUUCCGUUUUCUCCGGGGGGGCUUUCUCCAGGUUUCCGUUUUACCCUUUUUUUUUUUUUCUUUUUUUUUCAGGCUUUCACUCAAAAUCACACUUUUUAAAAUAGAAAACAACUAAAUUGGAUGUUCUAAGUCCACAACAAUGCUUAAACCACACCAAGAGACCACUUGAGGUCUGGGAAAAUGUUUAGAAAUGUCGAUUUUUUGAUGUAGUUCCCUUUAAUUCCAGUCCACACCUAGCAAGAGGCUGUUAUUUAGUGAUGUUUUUGUAGCGCACAUGUGAUGGUAGAGUUUGCAAAACAAAUACCCACUGGAUUGAUGCAAAUAAUGAUUUCAUUCUGCCAGGUAAGCAAGCAUAGGCUACUUUGUAGUUUUUGGGAAAGCCUUUCCAUCUAGCAGAAGAUUUUUCAUUAGCAUCAUCGUUAACGGCUACACAGUGGUAGCUGCGCAUACACAGACAGGGGAAUUCUCGUUGCCUCUACAGAAAGUUGCAGGAAAUACAUAUCACUGAUGCGUUCUGUUCAUGUCUUAUGAUAAACUUCUGCAAAUUUAAUUAAUUUUCAAUUCAUUUAGUUGGUUCCCUACUAAGUUCAAUACAUUUUUGAAUGUUGAAUUACGUUUUAAUGUCUGGAUUCAGUGAUUCCGUCCGCUGUCUCAGUAUCACAGAUUUUAUAGGGCCCUGAAUGUAUUAGGCUACAGAUGAAAUAAAUUAUGAUUAACUUCACAGGGUGGUGAAAGUGCAUUCUGAUGAGCUUGAUGCUGCUUUCCAAUAAAUACAGAGGCUCUUAUUCUGGUGACAUGAUGAUCGAUGCUUGGCUGCCAUUUGACAAAUACAAAUAAUCUUCCUCUAUCCAUAAUAAUGUCAUCAUGUAGGCUAGCCUACCCGCACUGUAUCUGCCAGCUGUUGGAUAGAGUGUACCUGCCAAGACCAGAGUGGGCACAUUUGCUAAUUAAUGCAACACUUUUUGUGACAAAAUGAUCUGUAGAGUUGAAAAUGCGAUGGAAACACUUUUUAUGUGCACUACAUCAUCCGCAACAAGUCAAUUUUGUGGAAACACACCACUGGUGGGAAAAUGUGCAUAUUGUCUUUAUGCAGAUUUUUGAAUAUUCGCAUGAAAAUCUAUUGCCAAUUGGUUUUAAACCUAGCCCCAGAUGUGAUUUUAAAUAACCCAAUGUAUUGCGCUACACUCCUCACAUCAUGCAAUUUGAUAUUUAAAGUCACUCAACUGUCUUAAAUGACAACCAAACUUGCAAUUGUGCUUGUUGCUGCCACAGUGCUCACGCUGCAUUAAAAAUAAACGUUUCUAACAGUGGCUCUGUAAGGUGCUCUGAAACCCUCCCCCACUGAGGAAAGUUUACCACAUUUAACUUUGGGAAAUCACACAGAUUAAUUUACAUAAAUGUGUAUUUUUUUGUUAUCCUUUGUUAUGUGCUACACUAAGCUAUUCCCUUCUCUUCACUGCCAACAGGCGAAAUAUGACGGCAACAAGGAAGCUAAGAAAAAGCUGCUGCCUUCCUCCAAGCAGGACAUGAUGUCCUUCGACAACUUGGGAGUGGACAAGACGCAGCCCAAUGGUUCAGUGCCUUUCUCCCAAGGUUCAGACAUUCAGUAUGGUCGAAGCAACGUGCUGACCGACCACUUCCAGUACAGCCGGCAGGCCUAUACAAUGAACUACGGCGCCUCCAACCACCAGUAUGUGGUUUAGGCUGGUGGAUUCCUCCAAGGACAUAUUGUAUUUGUUUCCAGCAGCAUUCUUAAACCACCUCUAACAAAAAGGAAGGCAAGGACUGUCGUAUUGGCGGAAGAGUGAAGUAUCAGUCAUGAGUUGGCCAGCGUUUUGUCCCAAACACGUUCUCUAACAUCUUCUCUUCACCUCCUUGUGUUGUAUUUAUUUUGAUAUGAACACUUAAAAGGGAUAGUUAAGUCAAAAUCAAAGUUUGUCAGAUGUUUU